AUGUCAAACGAAGACCAGGAAGCACAGGCGGAUGAAUUAUUAGCUCUUGCUAAUAUUUUUCCAAAAGAUGAAUUCAGGAGAGCAGAAACCUCAAAAGGAGGGGAAAUCCAAGUGUGCCUCGAAUUACCAUCUAACUUUGAAAUAUCUGUCAAAAGUGAGUGUUUGUCUGGGUGUUCUCUUACUAAUGUGCAGAGCCUCUUGCAGAUAAAGACAUUUGUGGGUUACCCUAUACAUGUAGACUGGGAAAAGAUAUUUGAAUGUCUUGAAGAAGAGAGUUAUUAUAGGCUAGAUAGCUUCAGGCUUUGUAGAUCACUUGAUAUGUGCUAGAUCUUGUUUAGAUCUUUCCUGUGCACUCGAGAACCUGUUGCUCAGAAAAUAUGGAGAAUAACAUGAAACAUAUUUCCUUUUGUAUGUGAUUCUGACACUCUGCAAGUGCAGUUUUAAAGAUGAACUAUGAGAGUUACUCAGUUCUUCACCCUAGUAAAUGCUAUUGUAUCUAGGAGAUGCAUUGUGAGUGAUAUAAUCUCCCUCUGAUGGGAAAAUGCUAGAUGUGAAAGCAGAAUCGUAACUAGAAACCCCCGAGCCCCGGUGCGAAAACUGCACUGGGGCCCCCUCUGCCAGCCCCUCCACUUCUCAUUCUCCCCACCAGUCCUGCCACAUGUCUACCCCACCCAGCCCCUCCAUGUGUCUCUCCAACCCUCCAUGUGUGUCUCACACACCCAAAGUAUCUCUCCCACCCCCCAACCCCUCGAUGUGUCUCUCCCAACCCCUUUAUGUUUCUCUCCCAUGCUCUAAGCUUGUGACACACACACACCCACUGACAGGCACACACAUACUCACUGACAGACACACACAUACAGAUACAGACAGACAUACACACUGACACACACUGACAGACAGGCGCACACACAUACACUCACUGACACACACACACACACACACACAGUCAGACACACAAACUGACAGACACUUACACAUUCUUGCACACUGUCACACAUUAAUUAAAACAUUUUGAGGCCCAUCCGGCCUCCUUACCUUUUGAAGAGCUGGUUUGGGACCUUUCCCUCGGGUGCAGUGUGGGGCUAUCCUGUAAUAUGGCAGUUCCCCACUGCUCCCGUGUGCUGUUUAGUAUGCCGGGGAUGGAAUGACGUCAUAUUCUGGCUCCAGACAUCACCAAGGGCGCGCAAGAGAGGAGAGGGAACUGCCAUAUGAGCCUCCCUCGCCACGGCCGCCUGCAUUUUGGCUUCCCACUCCCUUCCAGGUAUCUAGGUGCCUACUCUGCCUCACUGGAUAAGUGCCGAUUGGGGGGUGGCCAAAUGGCCACCUCCUGGGCCCCUGUGAGAGGGCUCAUGUCGGCGCCUUCAGGCGUUUUGUGUUCUCAGGGUCAGCAGGGUGGCCAGUCCUCCUGGAGUGAAGGGCUUGUCAGCAGCUGCCCAUGACUGUGGUACUUCGGCCACUGUGUAAAAGUUUGAUGUGUACAAAUGCACGUGCAUAGUGGUUACCCAUAUGGCACUCUUGUGGCUGAAGAAAGGCACCUUAAUAAGCAUGCUUCCACUGUUCUAUAUUAAUUAUUCAAAUACAUACAUAGUCUGCAAUAAGAUUUUAAAUACCUGUCAAGAUUACAGAAUGAUCCAGCACGUAGAAUUCUAUAACACAGAAGAUUGAUAGGUAACGUAUACCGGACCUUAGAUUGGCUGGCCUAAUGUACCCAAGAAUAGUCAGGAAUAGCCGAGGUCAAGGGAUACAGAAAGAGACACAACGAUAAGGAAAAGCCAGGAGUCAGGGAUGCCAGAAAACAAGGAAGUCAAAAACAAUGCCAAAGUCAAAUAACCAGAAUAACCAGAAUCAAUAACACGCUCUCGGACAACCACAAGGGAAACUACGACAGGGCACUGAGCAGGAUGAGAACUGGGCCUAAAUACCCCUCCUCUAUAUGUGAUAGGCUGUAACUGGCCUUUGACCCCAAAGGCAGUUACCAGGAUUUCAUUUGCAUAAUUGCUGCUCAGCAUUAACUCUUCUGUGGAUUUGGUUGCUGCUCGACACAACUUUUCCUGUGUGGACAGUAAAUGCCAUUAACCACAUUUUUAUAAGUGGAUGAAUAUGUGACAUUACCCCCCACCUGAAGAACGCCCACCGGGCAGGCAGGACCAGGCUUGAGAGGAAAUUUGGCGUGAAAAUAGCAAAUCUUGCGGCCAGCAUGUAUAUCAGAUGCUGGAACCCAAGAACAAUCGGCUGGUCCAUAACCUUUCCAAUCCACCAAGUACUGUAGAGUGUCCCGAGAAAAUCUGGAAUCAAUUAUGGAGGAGACCUCAUACUCUUCGAGUCCAGAAACAACUAAGGGAGGAGGAGGAACACUUGAAACUGUAUAUUUAUUACAAACAAGAGGUUUGAGCAAGAACACAUGAAAGGUAUUAGGAAUUUUCAAGGAGGCCGGAAGGGCCAGAGAGUACACAAUGGGAUUGAUCCUACAAAGGACACGAAAAGGUCCAAGGAACCUAGGAGCAAAUUUCAUGCUAGGGACUUUGAGCCUGAUGUUACGAGAAGAUAACCAAACCCUCUCACCCACUUGUUAACAGGGUUGGCACCUCCACGUGUAUCAGCAUAAUGCUUGAAACGCUCAGCAGCAGUACCCAGAGCAGAUUGAACUUUAACCCAGGUAUCACGGAUGGAAGCCAGACAGUCAUCCAAAGCAGGAAUAGCCGUAUCAGAAAAAACAGCCGGUAGGACAGUAGGAUGCCAGCCAUUAUUAACAAAAAAUGGAGAAUACCCAAAGGAGUCAUGGUUAGCAUUGUUCCUAGCAAACUCGGCCCAUGGUAGUAAUUCGGACCAAUUGUCUUGAGUCUUGAAACAACGCAAAGGCUUCAAUUGCCUCCUUAGACCAUAUCGUACUACUUGCCCCCUUGCGUGCCAUAUUGGUGAUGGGGGCUAUUACUGAAGUAAAUCCCUUUAUAAAUCUUCUGUAAUAAUUGGCAAAACCAAUGAACCUUUGAAUGGCUUUCAACUCAGUGGGUAAAGGCCACUGUAGAACAAACUCUAGUUUUUUAGGAUCCAUCUGAAACCCAGAGGCAGAAAUAGUAUGUCCUAAAAACUGUACUUCAGACUGGUCAAAGAUACAUUUUUCCAAUUUACAAUAAAGUUGUUUUUUUAACAAGGUUUGCAGAACUUGUUUAACAUGAUCGUGGUGAGACUAGAGGUCAGGAAAAUAAAUAAGGAUAUCAUCCAGAUAGACCAAGACAAAUUAAUAAAUGUAAUCCCUGAGUACAUCGUUAAUGAAAUCUUGGAAAACCGCUGGAGCAUUGCACAGCCCGAAUGGCAUCACUAGAUAUUCAUAGUGUCCACUUCUGGUAUUAAAUGCAGUCUUCCACUCGUGGUUUUCCUUGAUUCUCACUAAAUUGUAAGCGCUUCUAAGGUCAAGCUUAGUAAACACUUUAGCGCCCUGGAGUCUGUCAAAUAAUUCAGCAAUAAGAGGAAUGGGUUAGGCGUUCUUAAUGGUGAUUUUGUUCAAUACCCUGUAAUCGAUGGUGCAACUCACCAAGCCUUUUAGGUACAAAAAAGAAACCUGCACCAGCGGGCGAGGAUGAUUUUCAUAUAUGGCCUUUAUUUAAUGAAUCUUUAAUAUAUUCUCCAUUACACUACUCACCUGAGGAGAUAGAGCAUAGACUGUUCCCUUAGGUGGCAUAUCACCUGGUAGUAAGUUAAUGGAACAGUCAUAUGGUCUGUGAGGAGAUAGAGUAUUAGACUGAGUCUUGCUGAAUACUUCUUUAAUGUCUUUUUAUUGUAUAGGGAUCUCAGGAUUUUGAGGUGUACUAGUGGGUAAUUCAAUAGUGCCCACUCUUUUGGUGACAUGCAAUAUGCACCUUUAAUUACAACCCUUACCCCAUUCUAAUAUUUCCCCAUUAGCCCAGUCAAUAUGAGGGUUAUGCUUGCUAAGUCAUGGGGAUCCUAAUAUAAUAGGGCAAGAAGGAGAUGCAAUCAUCUGAAAUGUAAUCUCUUCCUUAUGUAAUGCACCAAUGGAAAUAUUAAUGGGUAAGGUUUCAUGCAUUAUAAAUGGUUGUGAGAGUGGUCUCCCAUCAAUAGCUUCAACAGCUAGGGGUGAUAGUCUCUCUUUGAUAGGUAUAGUAUUACCUUUAACAAAUUGAACGUCGAAGUUUCCAGCAGCACCUGAAUCCAUCAGGGCUUUGCAUGAAAAGUUCUUUUUGUCAAAGGCGAUAGAAAUGUCAAGGAGAAACCUAUUUUUAUUCUUUUCAGAGGACGUUUCCAUUACACCUAAGACAUGUCCCCUUAAGGUGCUUAGGUGCGCAGUUUCCGGACGUAUGGGACAAUUGUUUCUCAUAUGUCCUUUCCUACCGUAGUAUAGACAUAGGCCUUCUUUUCUCCUAUAUUGACUUUCUGCUUCCGACAGUCUAGUGACCCCCAACUGCAUGGUUUCGGGUUCGGACUGUACAGGAAUUUCAGGGACAAUAGGUCUGGAGAAACGGGGUGCUAAAUGCAUACUCAUGCGUCUGGUCUUGUUUCUAGUAGCUUCUCUGGUUCUUAAUCUAUUAUCAAUCUGCAUGACAAAAGUGAUAAAUUCAUUAAGUCUUUGGCGGCAAUCUCAUCUAGCAUAGUUUCAGAUAAUCCCUUUUUAAAUGCAGAGAUUAACCCACUAUUAGUCCAGUCUACCUUGGAAGCUAGGGUACGAAAUUCUAUGGCAUAUUGUGAUGUAUACCGGUUCCCUCUUCUGAUGUGCAUCAGGGCAGUAGAGGCGUCAUCCUCUCUGCCUAGAGGUUCAAAGGUAAUUUGAAUUCCGUAAGGAACUCCUGGUAAGUGUGUGCCACACUCCUAUUACUCUCCCAUAAUGGAUUGGCCCAAGCUAAAGCUUUACCUUUUAAUUGAUUCAUUAGGUAACCAAUUUUAGCUCUGUCUGUGGGAAAAGAUCCCGGUGAGGCCUCAAAAUGAUACUCCAUUUGGUUAAUAAAUCCCCGGCAUGCUUGAAUAUUACCAUCAAACUGCAGGGGAGGAGAUAGGGAGAUAGUAGGUGCCGUGUGUACUAUAGCUGGAGGUACACAAGGUGGCAGUGAGGCAGCAGGUUGAAGAUGCGCUGUUCGGGUAAGAAGCGUACUGAAGGCCUGGGCAAAUUGAUCCAUGCAGUGAUCAUUAUCCUCCAGUUUCCUUUCACAAGCAGCUAUGUGCUUACACAAUUCUACAGGAUCUAUGGCCAUGUCGUAAUGUCAGGAUUACAGAAUGAUCCAGCAUGUAGAAUUGUAUAACACAGAGGACUGAUAGGUAACGUAUACCAGACCUUAGAAUGGCCGGACUAACGUACCAAAGAAUAGCCAGGAAUAGCCGAGGUCAAAGGAUACAGAAAGAGACACAACGAUAAGGAAAAGCCAGGAGUCAGGGAUGCCAGAAAACAGGGAAGUCAAAAACAAUGCCGAAGUCAAACAACUAGAAUAACCAGAAUCAAUAACGCGCUCUCGGACAACAACAAGGGAAACCAGGACAGGGCACUGAGCAGGAUGAGAACUGGGCCUAAAUACCCCUCCUCUAGAUCUGAUAGGCUGUAACUGGCCUUUGACCCCAAAGGCAGUUAUCAGGUUGCCAUUUGCAUAAUUGCUGCUCAGCAUUAACCCUUCUGUGGAUUUGGUUGCUGCUCGGCACAACUUUUCCUGUGUGGACAGUAAAUGCCAUUAACAACAUUUUUAUAAGCAGAUGAAUACGUGACAAUACCAUUGUUAUUCAACUGAGAUUUGUCCAUUUUUGAUGUUGCCAUUAGAUUACCUGCAACCAAAUUAUUAGAUAAAGAUAAUAAAUUAAAUCUUCCAAAUAGGACCGAUGAUGUGAUAAUCUUAAUUCUAAAAUUCACUCAUGAUAAUUUUGCUAAAAACACAGCUAGGUAACUUUGCAUAUGAGCAGUUGCUAAUGAAAAAUGGAAAGAAAUGAAAGACAUGAAGAAAUAUCACCUUGCUCAUAUUAAAAAGCACUCCCAACUAUUAAUUAUUAGUGGAGCGCUAUAUAAAUUUAACCUGCGGGGGGUUUAAACUUAACCCACAUAUUCUAGAUGUAUAUGUAACGGUAUACGUCAAGUGCAUAAAAACCAAAGAAAAGAACAAAAUAUAGGCAAUGAGGAAAGUCCAACAAUAUAUUACAAUCAAACGCUUUAUACCAGCAAAAAUAUUAGUGGCCGGACAUUGGAAACAACAAAUUAAUAUAACAUACACUAAGUGGAAAGUGCAACUAAUUCUCCAAUUAAAAAUGGACAAUGGUAUUAGUUGGCUGAAUAAUUCUUCAACUAAAAACAAAUCACAGAGGGAAACAUGUCUCCAAAAAUCGGUUAAAAUAUUAGAAAGUUGGCCAUGCUUGUGAGCUCCUCCACACAAACACAGAAAACCUUAAAUAAAACAAAAGUGAAAACCCAUCCUGACCCCAAAGGCUACCAGUUACAACGAUCAACGUCUCCUGAGGCGAUAGAUGCCCUUUUUUCAACAAAAGACCCAGCCAAGACGAAAACGGAAAACCGGGCCCUACCCCGCGUUGUCUCUCCCGGGCCUGGAGGCGCUACGCACGCGGCAAGUGAGCAACAACUAUCCUCAAACCUUACCCGACAGCCCAGUCCACAUGCCAGCUAUGGGCCGCAGCUCACAGAAAACGACGGCGAUGGAACACAGGCAUAUCAGGACUAUGUUCCAACGGCCAGCACAGCCCCAACCAGCUCUUGCGGAGGCUCCGGGCCUAAUGCCCACACUCACCCAAAUGAGCAAACAGGGGCUGAACAAUCGGUAGCCACUCACCCAAUGGCGCCUGCAGCUCCCACUGACUGCACACCGACGACCAGACAUGACAUGAAGGUCCUAUUGGCAGACUUUCACAAAAUACUAGCGACCGAACUCGCUCCUAUUAAAAACGACAUGAAGGCCAUCACAGACCGGGUACAGGCCUCGGAGAGAGACAUCGCAGAUGUCCAAAGAUGACUGAGCUCCAGAAAACGGUGCAUCAGUUCUGGUCCCAUCAAAGAGCCAUCACCACACAUAUCACAGCCAUGGAAGACAGCCAACGCCGCACCAAUAUUAAAGUAAGGGACAUCCCGAUGACAGUCACAGUAGACAAACUACCUCACUAUGUCAGACGUUUGCUGACCUCCAUCCUGUCCCAUGCGGUGGCCAAAAAAACUAAACAUUGAAGGAACUUACCGUUUACCAGGGCCCACGGGGGCAUCAACCACGGCGACGAGAGACGUCAUUCUCCGGUGUGCCACAACCUACGACAAAAUACUAAUAAUGUCAGCAAUUAAGGGAAAAACACCCCUACACUUUGAAGAAGCCUCCCUGACAUUCUAUCAGGAUCUUACAAAGGCAACCCUCCUGUGGAAUAAAACGUUCAAUCCUGUGACCAGCCUACUUCGCUCAGCCAACUUGAGCUACAGGUGGGGAAUGAAUGGAUCCCUGACAGUGACCCGUAAUGGCAGCUUACACACACUCACCUCAGUGGAAGACGCAACAACGUUCCUGACAGCCCUGGGCCUGGAGCACUUGCUGGAAAAUACACAAGCGAGAGCGCCCGUCUCCACUUCCACUUGGGACCCGGCACACGCACCAUCCUUCGUCCCGAGGUCGGUGGCUGCGGGGGCGGCAGUACCAGGAACAAGCUCCAGGGACGACCCGACAUGAGGCACUAGCUACCAGACCGGAAACCCACUUGCCCGGCCUGCCGGUCCUAACUUUAUGGGACUGUCUGUCGGGACUUUACAUUUGGCUCUCUACAGAUAAUGUUUACCCCUAUGUCAUCCCUAUUUUUCCCUUCCCCCUUUUAUAACUUACUUUUGCGAUUUUGUACUUAAUUCACACAAACACUGGGGCAAUGCCAGCUACCAGGCACUACAUCUAGGGUUAGGGACCCGGUAACGACAGUAGGGAUCGUUAAUCUUCCACUAUGCACAGAACCUGGGGCAACCCUGAAUCUUCUCACACACCUCCUCUCCCCCCCGCUACUCCCUCGGUUAGGAGUAACCAAACACAAUACAUAGAGUGUGACUGGACACCCCACGACCACCAGACCUUAGCUUAUCCCCAAGCGGGAUACACAGCAUCUCGGUCCGCAUCUAUUUAACAAAGCUACAUCACACGUCAGUACAUGAACACAAGCUGACCACUCCAGCCUCAGGACCCUAUGAUUACAACCUCAGUUUGCUGAAACCUCACGCACUUGACAGCAAGUGUACACCACACCUGAACACACAACACCCUAAGGGCUACUCACCAGCUGUCAAGACUUACACAAACACGUUAAAAAUAAAAAGAUGCGAGAAUAAAAUGUGAACCUGCUUACACAAUAACUACAUACUACCCACUCCCUGUUGAACGCUGUAACGUUUAUGCUUUGCACUGGAAAAAUAAAGAUUUAUAAAAAAUAAAAAAAAAUAUUAGAAAGUUAUGCUGUACAUUAAAUAAUAAAUAUGGAAAUAGAAUAAGGAAAUUACGCACUACAAUGAAUAUAUAAGAUGUACUAAGGGAUUUAUGAUUAUAGGUACAAAAGUGUCUAAUGUUAUAUGUCUGUAAAAAUGAUAAAUUUUCUAAAUAAAGAAUAUUAUAAUAUAAAAGAGAGUGUAGGUUUUACUUAUCCCAAAAGUUCUUUCUAAAUUCUAAUGUACUUGUGAGUUUUUCAUAAUUUAUCUUUAUGUAAAAUUCAAGCAUUAAUAUUACUUCAACCACAAUAUCAACUUGGUAUUUAGAAGUUUGUUCUGGAUUGAGAUCAUGACCCAAGUUCUCAUUGAUGUUAAUUAUAGUGAAUUGAAGGCCAAAUUCCAAAUUUGAAGCUAAAAUAUGAGAAUUGAAGGCCUACAACUUCAGCUAUUUUUGCCCAUUUUUUUUGUUUGGUUUUCCAUAUACUACACUUAUUGAUUAGUGAAUAACCCUCUCCCCCACCUGCCCCCAAGGACAAGUAUUUAGUCUCCAUCCAAGUUUAUCUUUUGUCCCUUCUCCAGGUAACGCUGCACAAAACAUCUUCAUUGAGGACUUUAAGGACACGCUAUCUUACCUACCCCCAAUUGUGCUGAAUUUUGAACUUCCUUCAGAUUACCCAUCAACCUCGCCACCAAAUUUCACACUCAGCUGCAAGUGGCUCACACCCAAGCAGGUUAGAGAUGUACUUGCAAUCUGUAACAAUGCUAUAGAAUGUAAAGUUUAUUUCCACCAUGAGUGCAACCAUGCGUAGGGAAAACAUAUAUAUAUUAUUUUAAUAAGUAGAAUUACAACAGAUGGUCAGAGGGAAGAUCUGUGACAUACCAUUAUAAUUCCAAAGUCAUAUGAGAGCAUAUUCCCCAAGGUGCAUCAGAAAUACUAUUUAUUUAACUAAUCUAUGUUCCAGCAUGCUUCAGACCUUCAUUUGAUUGGUUAAUUGUUUUUACUUUAUUUCAGCUUUCCAGACUUUGCCAGCACUUAGAUGAACUUUGGAAGAGAAAAUCAGCAUGUGUUGUUAUAUUUACUUGGACUCAAUUUCUAAAGAAGGAGACGCUGGAAUUCUUAAGUAUCCAAUCACCUUAUGAGAUUGAAGUGUGUCCCAAUGUGUCACAGAACUGUAAUAAAACUCCUGUGGAAACUGAUCGCUGCAGCAAUGCAGAAUCACAAGAGAAUAGGGUCUAUGACAAGAGGGUCAUACAGGAUGUGGUGUCUGUGUCUGCCCUGAUAAAUUGCAUCUUGGAAUUCAACGAGACUCAGCAAAAGAAAUGCUUUGAUAGCAAAUUGUACAUGUGCAGUAUCUGUUUCUCAGAAAAGCUGGGCAGCGAGUGCACAAAUUUUAAACUUUGCAAUCAUGUCUACUGCAACAUUUGCCUCAAAGAUCACUUUGAAAUUAAAAUCAAAGAUGGCCAAGUCCACUCUCUGAACUGUCCAGAACCAGAGUGCUCCUCCACAGCAACACCUGCUCAGGUAACCCCAAAGUUUUCUUAAUAUACCUCUUUGUGCUACAUGUAAAAUUCGGAAAGAUCAGAACCAGAAUGCUAGAAAAUGUAUAGAUCAAAUUGUAUUUUUAUGUAGUAUUCUCUAUAAAAUGGUCAUGACCCUAUAAGGCCCAAUUUCUCAUCUCAGAAUGCAGGUAAAUGUGUAACUAUGGCUCUCUGUGCAAAAGCAGUCUUGUUAAUUGGGAAAGGCCAAACUUAAAGGACCACUAUAGGCACCCAGCUUAAUGAGGUGGUCUGGGUGCCUGGUCCAUCUAGGGUUAACCCUUUUUUCUAUAAACAUAGCAGUUUCAGAGAAACUGCUAUGUUUAUGUUAGGGUUAAUCCAGCCUCUAGUGGCUGUCUCAUUGACAGCCGCUAGAGGGCUUCCGCGUUUCUCACUGUGAAAAUCACACUGAGAAGACGCCAGUGUCCAUAGGAAAGCAUUGUGAAUGCUUUCCUAUGGACUGGCUGAAUGCACGCGCGGCUCCUGCCGCGCAUGCGUAUUCAGCCGAAGAGGAGGAGGAGAGGAGGAGGGGAGCUCCCCGCCCAGCACUGGAGAAAGAGGUAAGUUUAACCCCUUCCUCUACAUCCAGCCCGGCAGGAGGGGGACCCUGAGGGUGGGGGGCACCCUCAGGGCACUAUAGUGCCAGGAAAAUGAGUAUGUUUUCCUGGCACUAUAGUGGUCCUUUAAAAGUCAGGGCAACAUACAUCCUAUUUGCAUCAAGCAAUAAGGAACCACCAACACCAUGUAUGUUCCUUGUAGAUUGUAGUAUAAUGCACUUGCAAUCCUCAAUCUUUUCUGCCUGUAAAUGUACAAUCGUAGUCCUGUGGGUUGUGAGCUGCAGGAUAUUCAAUAAAAUGCAACUUUAUGGUAUUGGUGCCAUUACACUGAUCAGCCACAUCAUUAAAACCACUGUCAAGUUAAGUGAAUAACAUUGUUUAUACUGUUACAAUGGCACCUGUCAAGGAAUAUAUUAGGCAGCAAGUUCUUGAAUUUAGUGUGUUGGAAGUGGGAAAAAUGGGCAAGAGUAAAGCUCUGACUGACUUUGUCAAAGCCCAAAUAGUGAUGGCUAAACGACUGGGUCAGACCAAAAGCGGGGCAAUUAAGGACAACUGGUGAGCCAUCGUGAGGGGCAUGGUCGCUCACAUUGAUACUGCUGUAGCUCAAAUUGCUGAAAAACAUAUUGCUUGCAAUGAUAGAAAGGUGUCAGAAUACAGAGUACAUUGUGGUUUGCUGCGUAGCCACAGGCUGGUCAGAGUGCCCAUGAUGACACCUGUCCACCACUGAAAGCAUCUUAAAUGGGGACUUGAGCUUUCAGAACUGGACCAUGGAGCAAUGGAGAUGGUUGCUUGGUCUGAUGAACCCCAUGUUCUUUGAGAUUAGAUGCAUAGCAGGCUGCCUGUGCAUUGUUUACCUGGGGAGAAGGUGGCAGCAGUAUUCACUAUGGGAAGGAUGCAGACUAGUAGAAGCAGUGUUAUGCUCUGGACAAUGUUCUCCUGGGAAACCUUGGGUCCUUGCUUUCAUGUGGAUGUAAUUUUGACACAUACCACCUACCUAAAGAUUGUUGCAGACCAUGUAUGCCCCUUUAUGGUGGCAGUGGCCUCUUUCAACAAUAUAAUGCUUCCUGCCACACUGCAAAAAAUGUUCAGGAAUGGUUUGAGGAACAUGACAAAGAGUUUGAUUUGUUGCCUUGGCCUUCAAAUUCCCCAGCUCUCAAUCCAAUUGAGCAUUUGAGCUGAGUAGAAUUGCAGAAGCUUGUUGCAGAGAUGGUUUGGAAAUUGGGCCUUAAAGUUGCAGCGUUCAAUUGAAGAGGCUUGUAUAGCUUUGCUUUAAAAAGGUGUGCAAGCACAAAACAUGCAAUAUUGUAUCUGGCUAUAAUCCUCAACAUUUAAAACUCAACCUUGUAAAUGUAUACUUAGCAUACAUAUACAGCGGAACUGCAUGUCUGUCUCAAUUUGCUUAUAAAUGUAUACCUGAUGCAGACACAUUAUAUGGAUAUAGCAUGAAUAGCUUGCCAUUACACCUUGCAUGGUUACCUUUUAUAGUAUGCUGUUCUAUUUUGAUCCACAGUUCUUAACUAAUACUUCAUUAUUGUAUAUUGGUGUGCCAUUGUCUACUUCAGUGUGCUAUAGUAACACAAAAUGUUUUUUACAAAAACUAAAAAUGUAAUGUGACAGAUCCAUCUGUAUGACUUGGGAUUGUUGGUUCGUCUGUUUUGCCGUUUUCGUGGAAUUACUCAUUCGUAUGCCUCUGUUCGUAUAAUUGACGUUUUUGCCGAACAAACUACCGAACGGACGGCCACCCAGAAGAGAAGUGUGCUGCUGGUUAACCUCUUGAUCCCAAUUAGAACGUUGUGGUUAACCGCAGACACUUCUCAAUUAAAACCGAAUACAGGAUGGUCGUCAUUCGUAUAUCGACCACGAGGCGGCGGCCAUUUUAAACCAUGCUAAAGACCAGCGGUGUUCGACAUUGAUUUCAUGGAACUGAAAACGGACACUUUUUCUGCCGAACACCACUGAAGCCGCCGACCUCCCUUCUCAAUCGACAGAAGUAUACGACCACCGGCCGUUCGGGAGUUUUAAACGCACAAAUGGACUUAACCCAGAUAGCCUUCCCAUGGAGUCAAUCGCAUACCGAAAGACUGUAAUAGACUUUGACUCCAUGGCGAUUGAACUAUACGUAUGGGAUCUGAGCGCUAUUCACCAAUAAUAUGCACUCAGAUCCAGGCUAUCUGGGGAUAUGUGAUACGAAUGGGAAACGUUCGACAAUUGUAAAGUUAUAUAUUUUUAUGUGUUUUUUGUGUUGAAUUUAAAAUGGCGAUUUGCCUCUGUCCUGGAGAUAAUUGAAUUACUUCUCAAUUAUCUCCAGGGCAGAGGGGAGGAAAUCAUAAUGCAUGCUGGGAAUAUUCUGUGUCUGUGGGUCCUAACCUGCCAUAUGUCUGUCUAUUGUUACAGUCUCCCAUUUGGUCCCCUAGGGGAGUGUCCACCAAGUGGGAGACCUGCAUAAAUACUGGCAGGUAGCCCACAGUAAAGGCAGUUCAUGUUUUACCCUCAAUGCGGAGCUUGGUCUCGUUAUUGGGGGGAUUUAUUACCGACGACUAGAGACUGCUGGAUGGGAUUAUUAGCCGCUUGGGAGAUAUAUGCGUUCGGCUACUAUUGGCGAUUCGUGAGUUUGGAGCGCGUGAAGUGAAGUGCCCGUACAGGUCCCGUUCGUGAGAUUACAGCGUUCCCCUGCUUGCGGUUCGUAUGAUUGUACUGGAUACGAAUGAAGCCUGUGUUAUUGCGAGAGGGGAGUAUUCACUAAACGGCCGUUUGUACAUUUGAUGCUGAGGGUACCGUAACGUAAAAAAGGGAGACUCUCAUCAUGAAGUAACAAAAUUCAGGCUAUUGUAAAUAUGAGCAUAACCAACAGGUGUCUUCAUAUACUAUGCAUUUUAUACACAUAGAACUUUUCUCUGAGAAAUGUCAUUAUUUAAAUUAUUUAUCUUAUACGUAGAUAGAAUAAUGAAAGUAAUCACCUCUGCCUCUUUGCGUGUAGGUAAAGGAACUGGUAGAAGAAGAGUUGUUCAGCCGUUAUGACCGUCUCCUGCUGCAGUCCAGCUUGGAUCUCAUGCCAGAUGUUGUGUACUGUCCUCGUCCAAGUUGUCGGACACCAGUCUUGAAGGAGCCCGGGAGCAAAUUGACUAUUUGCCACAAUUGCCAAAAUGCAUUCUGCACGUUCUGUAAAAUGUCCUAUCAUGGAGUCUCCAAAUGUAACCUAAAAGGAGGCAAGUAA